AGGAUAGGCGGGGCGGAGGGCGGAAGGGCCGGAAGUGGAUUUUCGUAACCCGGAAGGGGAGUGCUUCCCUGGCUGUUUUGUUAACGUCUUCCAGCUGCCUCUCGUCCUGCGGCUGAGGGAAUCGUCGCGGAAGGAUGGUGUGCGAGAAAUGUGAAAAGAAACUUGGUACUGUUAUCACUCCAGAUACAUGGAAAGAUGGUGCAAGGAAUACCACAGAAAGUGGUGGAAGAAAGCUGAAUGAAAAUAAAGCUUUGACCUCAAAAAAAGCAAGGCAUCUGCUCUAUGUGUGGAAAAAAGGUUUUGGAUACCAAAAACUACAAGCAAACGUCUGUCUAGAUGUAUUGAAGUUUCUGGCUUUCCGUAUGAUUUUACUUUUUGCUUGAAUUUUCAAGGCAUAAUAUAGAUGUUCAAGUUACAAAAUAACAUGUCUUAAGACAAGUUUAAACCAGGGAAGUAGAUUGGUAUUCAUUUUUUUGCUCUCAAGAAGUUCUGAACAGCAGCAGUGUAACUAGUUUUCUGCCUUAAGUUUUUAUUUUCCUUACAAACAUCUUAUUGAACUGGAAUAAGUGACAAAUUUAACGAAAAAAUAUUUUCCCAGUUCUGUAUGCACUUUUUAUUUAUCAUUACUCAUGUAAUUUUUAUUAUCCUUUCCCUCUACUUUAUAGAUAUUGCAAAAGUGUGAGAAGGAGGUUAUUGAUAUUUGGCUUUGAACUUGGCAUCCAGAUUUGGAAUUCUUCCCUCAUUCCCUUUUGGUUGCAUAGUUCUUAGGAUCAGCAGUCCCUUAAUUAAUUGCAGCUUCAUAAGGCAUUUAAAUAUCUGAGAUCAUUAUUGCUAAAUAGUUCCUUAAGUAAUUAGCCCAGGCCCAAAUCAAACAAAAGUUGUAUUUAUGUUAUUUUUUAUUUGUUCUUGAAGCCAAAGUGCCAAUACCUUUCAUAUGAGAAUGGGGACGCAAGAAACACCCCACAUAAAUCCAAAUGAAUACACUGGUUUUCAGAAAAACACACAUUACACAUAUUACCUUGAACUCAGACCAUCAUGAAAGCCAGGAGAACAGUGUGCAUCUAUGAUGAUGUGUAACGAAUGAAUCACCAUUCCUUGGGAAAGCGCUUUGAAGCAGAAACCUAACUCUUUUUAACCUCCUCCUCUUCUCCUUCCCCCACCAAAAAUAAAUAGACUAAGCAAACAUUUUGACUCUUUUUUUAAGUAUAUAU